CGCCGCCCCUGUUGGUGUUCAAUAAAAAACGCGGAAAAUGGCGACGACACAGCAGACAGCUGUUGUGGCAACCGCGACCGGACCGGAAAGCGAUGAAGAGCUCGCCCUCGCCGCAAAACUGCCAGAUCGAUUCGCUGACGAGAGCUACAAACUAUUCUCCAGAGUCGACGUUAAGGAGCCAACAGAUGAUGAAGCCAGGCGAAUCCGAAACAAAUGUCUCUGGCGCAUUUUGCCAUUUUUGUGCAUUGGAUACCACCUAAUGUACGUGGAUAAGCAAACGUUGGGCAGUUCUGCAAUUCUUGGUAUCAUGGAGGAUGCCCGUCUAAGUUCCAACCAGUACAACUGGCUAUCCUCGGUAUUCUAUUUCGGCUACCUUGUCGCAGAGUGGCCUCAAAAUUGGGCGCUACAGAAGUUCCCUGUGGCUAAAUGGUUGGCAGGUAACCUUGUGAUUUGGGGCGGUAUAACUCUUCUUCACAUCCCAUGUCAAAGCUUUGGUUCUCUCUUUGCCGUUCGUCUGUUGCUUGGAUUGGCAGAAGCAAGCAUUGUGCCUGCGUUUCUUCUCUCCAUGUCAAUGUUCUUCACAUAUCAAGAACAGGCGGUUCUCAUGCCGAUCAUGUGGUCGAUUGGAAAUGCAAGCCCGAUAACUUCGGGCCUUUUGUCAUACGGUGUUCUAUGGAUAGAGACCGGUAGCUUUGCUCCAUGGAAAUGGUUUAUGGUCGUUACCGGUAUUAUCACUAUUAUCUUCGGGGGCUUGGUAUACCUUUUCUUUCCUGACAGCCCUUUGAAUGCGACUUUCUUGACAUACGAAGAACGGGGACAGGCGAUCUUACGAAUCAAGGAGAAUAAUUCCGGCAUUGAACAAAAACAAUUUAAAAAAUACCAAUUCAUUGAAGCUAUCAAGGACCCAAAAUCAUGGCUAUUCGCUUUGCAUGCUUGGGCCCAGGAAAUGGCUAAUGGCAUCACAAAUCAGUACUCAUUGAUUAUAAACUCGUUCGGCUUUACAGUUUUGCAAACAACACUAUUAGGCACGGUCACGGGAGCAGUUUCAUUUGUGUCUCUUAUAACAGCUGCAUUUGCAUUAAAUAGGACAAAGAACUGCCGUGCAUGGAUAUCUGUACUUGCCUAUAUUCCUGCCAGUCUCUCGAGUAUCAUUUUACUGGCUCUCCCUUGGUCAAACCGUUGGGGCCUCAUCAUAGGUAUAUGGAUUCGUUCCACAACGGGAAUAUCUUACGCCAUUGUCAUGAUUUGGGCCGCAAAUGUUUCCGCUGGCCACACCAAGAAAACCACCGUUAUUGCUCUCUAUCACAUUGGGUACGGGUUAGGAAAUAUCAUUUCCCCUCAACUUUUUCGACCGCAAUGGAAACCACGUUAUCGACCCACCUGGAUUAUUUUACUUGUGGUUGCCGCAAUACUCCCUGCAACAAUAGUAUUGUUUUUAAGAUUCUACCUUAAUCAGGAGAACAAUCGUCGGGACAGCCUCCAAUCAGAAAGUCAAGUCAUUGACAACGGACUCGUUGAAACGGUCAAAGAAGACGGGACUGUGGAGACCCAUAUCGUCGAUAAUAAUCAAUUAGAUUUGACAGACAGAGAAAACCUCAAAUUCCGAUAUGUUCUCUGAGAUACCAAUUCAAAGUAUGAGCGACGAACUGCUUCAGACCAUAACCGGAAAAAUCAGUAAUACCUAGCUCAGAUAUAAUAGCCCGUAGUAGCCUGUGCAAUUGGAGUGGAGGAGAGUAUUUCGUAGUCUGCGGUCCUUCAAUGUUGAAUUUCUUCCAUAUCUAGUUCCAAUA